UGACCGUCGAUCAGCAGGCUCCCCGGACCGCCGCAUCCGCAUGUCUCAACCGACCCUCAACUCCAGCCUGAGUGGCAUCAACUUCUUCGGCAUGAAUCGCGUAGGUGGCGGUCGGCUGUCCUACACGAGUUUGCGCGCCACUUCCGGCGACAACAGCAUCAACGAGGAGGAGAGACUGUCGACGCCGAAUGUGCACGCCCUGGGCGGUAGCGGCAGUCCUCGUGGAAGUUUAACGAUGGAGCGCAGCUCGUCUAGGCUGUCGCAGCCGGAUGUGCGCAGGUUUAAUUUACGGCAGGAUAAACGCGAACGACUGUCGCAACCCACUUUGGUUACCGGGGACUAUUACCCUGGUCGAGGUCAACAACGACUAUCCCAACCUUGCUUGAGCAGCGGCCGUGAAGGUGUUAUCGGCGUCCACUCGCCCUCACCACCGCCAUAUCCUCUGAAGCACAAGCGGUUCGUACCGGGUGCGCUGCAGACUUGUCAACGCGACCGUCUUUCUCAGCUGGACAUCGGCUCCAAAUAUCGGAACAUCAUGAAGGACUUAGGUGGAGGCAGGGACAACUCGCAGGUGAAGUUCAACCGCGAUCGUUUCUCCAUACCGGAGCUGGAGACGCAGAACGAUCUGCGACUGAUCGCCGGCACACCGAAGCAACGCUUCAGCUUGGACAGUCAGCUGGCGAAGCAGCGUUUCAGUUUAGACAGCCAAGACAGCUGCAAGUCCAGGCUGUUACCAAUCGCCAGCUCGCCGAUCUUCGAGCAUCAGCAGAUGAAGACCGAGGAGAUGACCGGCAUGACAUCCGGCCGGCUAAAGAGUCCUACCUGCGAGGGUUUGGAGAGCGUGCUCGUAGCGAGCACGUCGCCGCUCUUCCCGCCCAGCGAGAGACGCUUGCUCGGGCCGGAUUUCCCGUUCCCGAGAAAGUCGUCCAAGUCGCCGUCGCCGACGAAAACGUCGGACGUGAAAACUAUCGGCAAACCACCGCCGAUCCCGAUCAGGGAGAGAAUGUCUGUGCCGGAAAUUAGGAACUCGAGUCUGCGCAGAUUACUGGAUCCACCAACUCGCCAACGGCAUAGUAUCGCUGGCAACCUCAGGCAGACGUUGCUGACGCCGAUUAAGCUGCAGGACUUCGGCGGCACUGGUGGCAGGAAGUCACCGCGAUAUUCGAUCGACGACGCGUUGGAGAAGCUCAAGAGGAUCGAGAAGGAGGAGAAUCGACGGAACCAAGAGAUGAACGAGGAGAAGGUCCAGGUGAAGGAGCAGGAUCAGCAGCAACAACAGCAGCAGCAACAGCAGGAGCCGAAGCACAUUCAGAAGCAUUACUCGUAUACCUACGAAACCGGCGAAGACGGUAGCGUCUCAUCGUCGUUGGGCAAACUCAGUGUAGGCGGCGCACCGAAGCGCAAGUACCUGGAGAGCAACUUCGACGAGAACGAGCAAGUGAUCACGACGGUAAUUGAGACGGACGUGCCGAUGAUCAUGUCGAGUCCGCGGCUAAAGUUCGCGAAGAAGAUGCAGGCGUAUUCAAGCGAGACGCCCAAGUGGAUUCGCAAAUACCUGGAGGGUGAGAGCCCGAACAUAGGUAGGAAGACUUCCACCGGCGGCGGCGGCAGCGGCAAAGAGACCGGCAGGAUCAACCGGAGGAGCAGUCGCAGGAAGAGUUCGCUGGAGUCGAUCGAGUCGGUGACGAAGAAACCCGAGGAGAAGCCGCGAUCCAAGUCCGUCAGCUGCGAGGAAAGGAACACCAAUGGCAUUACGGUCGCCGUCGCGGAGCAGAAAAGCGUGAUGAAUACUUAUGUGAGAAUCGUACCGUCCAGUAAUGCCCAGGAGAACAGGUACGAGGUCGGCGUGGAGUCCGCGGUUUCGGACUGGAAAACCGACAGUCGGGGCCCGUAUGGGGACGAUACCGACACGGACGAUUCCACAUCGAUUUAAUUUCUAGUUUUAAUACAUACACGAACAAACAAACACACACACACACACACACUAGAGAUGUGCAAA